GUCUAUUUUCUCACACAGCAGUGUACGCUGCGAGCUAUUUUAACCACACACCGCGUCACCAGUUGAUUCAUUUACCUUAGAAGUGAUGAGCAGCAUUGGCCACGUCCACAUGCCCAGAGCGCAGCACCAAAGUUUGUGCGUAAAGGAGGCGGCGCGGUGCGCGCGUCGUGGGGAGCCAUGACUCAUUUCACAGUCACUCUCCUCUGAGAAAUACUGAUGUCCCGAGCAUCGCUCGAUUUAUAUGCGUGUGUGAAAACACAAAAGUGCACUUGACUCGCUGAACUUGAGCUCUGCCGUUUUCAAAGCAAUCACAGAGGACGGAGAGACACGCGAGGACGCGCGUCCCCUUCUGCUCCAAACAUCGGAGCAUCGGAGUUCUUCCAUGCAUACCGUGAAACUGAGCUAUUUUCCAAAAAGGGAGAUCAUUAAAAGUUCAUCUAGGAGAGACGCAAAAUUUCAUUACAUUCUCUGGCAGAUGGAUGCCUCAGUGGAAAUGCUUCAAUGUCCUUGUAUCACGGCCAACGCAGUACCGGUUUCGACCAUUUCUCGGACCGCUGGAGAGAAUCCAAUAUUAAGGUACGAACUAAACUGAGGCCAUCACCGGAUACCACAUAGCAGAAGUAUUCUUCUUGAACAGUAUCUUGAGCAGAUGGUUCCCCUAAAAGACAACAUGACCCCUGAAUCUUUUGCUGACAACUGCACCAACUGCAGCCAGGUUCUCAUCCCAGAGCUGAAUGUUAUGAAGGCUGUAGCGUUGGGCAUUGUGUUGGCAGUCUUCAUUGUUUUUGGAGUUCUGGGCAACAUCUUGGUUAUCCUCUCUGUGGUUUGCCAUCGUAAUCUACGCACGGUUACCCAUUACUUCAUUGUGAAUUUGGCAGUAGCAGACCUCUUGCUAAGUUUGACGGUUCUUCCAUUCUCUGCCAUCUUCGAGAUGCUGGGCCGUUGGGUCUUCGGUCGGCCCUUCUGUGACGUAUGGGCGGCCAUGGAUGUUCUUUGCUGCACGGCAUCUAUCAUGAGCCUGUGUGUGAUUUCGGUGGACCGAUGCAUCGGUGUUAGUUAUCCUCUGCAGUACCCUUCGAUUAUGACGGAGCGGCGGGCGUUGCUGGCGUUGGUUGCGCUGUGGGCACUGUCCAUCACCAUUUCUAUCGGGCCUCUAUUUGGCUGGAAGGAACCAGCGCCGAAGGACGAGUCCAUAUGCAAGAUAACACAGGAACCAGGCUAUGCCAUCUUCUCAGCAUUUGGGUCUUUCUACCUCCCGCUGGUGGUCAUCCUGUCCAUGUACUGCCGUGUGUAUGUGGUGGCGAGGAGAGAGACGCGUGUACUGAUAAGUGGACAGAAAACUGAAAAAUCUGAUCUCGCCUCUGAGGUUGUAACCCUGAGGAUACAUCGUGGUAACAUCACGGCAUCUGAGGACGAGACGUUGCGAAACAGGACACACUUCGCUCUGCGUCUCCUCAAGUUCUCACGUGAAAAAAAGGCAGCUAAGACUCUGGGCAUCGUGGUUGGAUGCUUUGUCCUGUGCUGGCUUCCGUUCUUCUUGGUUCUUCCUAUUGGUUCCAUCUUCCCGAAAUACAAGCCUUCAGACACUGUAUUCAAGAUAACGUUUUGGCUCGGCUAUUUCAACAGCUGUAUCAACCCCAUCAUCUACCCCUGCUCCAGUCAGGAAUUCAAGAAAGCCUUUCUCAGCGUAUUGGGCGCACAUUGUCUCCGUAAGAGAUCCAUGCCCUCGCAUCCACUUUACCAGGGUCACAGCCCACGGCACGCCCAGUCACAACUUCUCGCCCUUGGGUUCACGAGCCGCGACAUCCCUUCCCGUCUGAGCCCCUCCUCUUCCAUCGCUCUGUCCCGCAGCCCAUCCUCGAGGGAUGGUCGGGACUGGCAGGCCCCUUCCCGAGCCUCAUCCGCGGGGACGACGGGGGUUAGCGGCGGGGUGAGCGUGGGAGCAAGGGUGGCAGGAAUGUGUGGUAAGAACCUGCUGAGGACUUGUUGUGCUGUGAGAACAGACUCCCCUCAGCCUGAAGUGCCCACGCACAACUCUCUUCCUGUCAUCAAAAUCCAUCAACUCUCGCUGUGUGAAGACGGAGAUGCGGUGUGAAUAAACUCGCCGGGGAAAUUACUCAAAAAAGAACUUGCGCUGCGUGCGAUGCCGUUUGCCACUUGAUGGAGUCUCAGAUUGGAUAAUACAAGCUGACAAUCUGUGUCUCUGCAGCUAUUGUGUUGAUGUUCAUUGAAAAAAUACUGUAGGUCACUCCAAAAAGAAACACUCAUUAUUUAAUCAAUCUCAUGUUGUUCCAAUCCAAUAUGCUGUUAUUUUCUAUACAACUACUGUUUAUACUGACUACAGGUGUCACGCUUAAAAUAAUACAACUGUGUUAUAAAGAAAGCACCUAAAAAGUAGGCCAUACAACUUGAAUCUUUAAAAUAUCUUUAUGGAGCAAAUGAAUUCCUUUCAGGAACCUUUAUUUUUAAAGGACUACUCCACUUUCAUGAAAAAAAUCCUGAUAAUUUACUCACCCCAAUGUCAUCCAAGAUGUUUAUGUCUGUCUUUGUUCAGUCGGGAAGAAAUUCAGUUGUUUAAGAAAAGCAUUUUAGGAUUUUUUUCCAUAUAGUGGACUUUAGUGGACUCAACGGUUUUAUAGUUUCAGUUCAGCUUCCAAGGUCUCUAAACGAUCUCAACCGAGGCAUAAGGGUCUUAUCUAAGCCCUGUGACGCGCUAGAACGACCUUUUUCAAUUCAAUUCAAUUUUAUUUAUAUAGCGCUUUUCACAAUUUGGUAAUUGUAUCAAAGCAGCUUUACAUUAAUAGAAGCAGUGAAAAGCACAGAAAAUCGACAGAUAGCACAACAUAAUACACGAUAGCACAAGCAGCUAAAUUUGCUGCGGCUAUAAAUCAACAUUAAAGCGAAUGUAUUACUAAUGUAACGUAUAGAAGUUAAGCCCAAGAAGGCUGCCUUACCGGGUUAAAAAAACCCCUAGGAGAAAACCCCCCGGACUUUUUAGCCGGGGAAGUAAAAAAAGUCCUAGGAGGGAAAAACCCUUGGGAGAUAAACUUACACAAAGACGUUAAUUUGUAAAAUUCCAAAUACAACAACAUCAGAACGCUCCUCUUUCUCCACACUUGUAAACACUGGAGCAGUAGCUUCUCAUACGUCAUGCAUGACCUUUCGACGUGCACUCUUAGAACGGAUGUGUUAAAAACAACACAUUAGUGUUGAUUCUGGGACAACACACUAAAUGCGCUGUCCCAAAAUCCACCCAUCUCUGUGUUAUUAUUGAAACAACACAUUUUGUGUUACUUUAACACAACUUAUGUUUUAUUUUUUAACACAAAAUCAACACAAAAUUACAUAAUGUUAUUAAACACAAAAAGAUAAACACAUUCUUUAUGUUAUAUGUAAGGUCACACUGGUGCAUCACACAGCUAGUGCAAGACCAAAAGUUAUAGUUAAAAAGUAAUUUUUUUGCAAAAAUGAUACUGUAGGGUUGUCCUGAUUCCGAUACUAGUAUCGGAAAUGCCGCGAUACCUCAAAAAAUUCUGGCAUUGGUAUCGGCAAGUACUUAAAGGAACAGUAUGUAAGAAAUGUAUAUCAAUUAAUCAUAAAAUGGCCCUGAUAUGUCACUAGACAUUAAGAAAUCAUUUUCAUUUCAAAUACUUAUAUCACUGACAACAGUGGUCUGGCCAGGAUAUUGAGUUGUAGCCCUCAACUGAUGUUUAUGUUGUCAUGUUGUGUAGUGGCCACCAGUUGUGUGAUUGCAGUACCAGUUUUAGCCACAAGUUUUGUGAUUGCAAUAACAGUUUUGGCCACAAUCCUACAUACUGUUCCUUUAAACAUGUGUAAAAUAUUUCUUAAACAAGACCUAGUUAUGCCGGCUACACUACAAAAUAUUCAUUCAAUUUAGUAAAUUUUUUAAGGUUAGUGGUCGCAAUCAAUUUAUUUAAGCUACAUUUAAUCAAAAGUUUUUUGUUUUUCAAAUUGUUUUGUUUAAAUGUAGCUUAAAUAAAUUGAUUGCGACCUCUUACCUUAAAAAAAAUGGAGUAAAUCGAAUUAAUAAUUUUGCUGAUGCUAACGCUGCAAAUCAGAACUCAUUUCUUCUUCGCUAGCCUUUUAUUUAACAAAAUUGUUUUUGGACUUUUAAGUUUUAAAGAGAAUCAGUUCUUAUUUAAUUCAUACAUAAUGUUUUAUAUUUCUAGAUUUUUUUUGAUGGACUGUUUUUUUAAAGUUAUAUUCUAAAACUAAAAUAACCUUUCAGUUUACAGUGUUAGAUUUGUGGCUGCAUUUCAAGUUCAUUUUCACUUGAAAAUAAAUAAUAUUACUGUCAACUGUAUUUCAGAUAAUCAAAAUACUCUAGCUCAUGUAUUUGUUCAUGUUUUAUUAAGGGAUAAAUCCGACACACACCGUAAAAUAAUUAUAUUAAUUCAUACAGGGCUAGUAGUAUAUAGAGCUGUAUAAACAGUCAGGUAUCGGAUCAGUACGGUAUCGGUCGAUACCCUGAGCUCAGGUAUCGGAAUUGGUAUUGGAAAGAGAAAAAGGGUAUUAAUCAACCCAAAGACAUCUCUAGAAAAUGACGAUUGUUUUGCUAAAUAAAACCCUUAUGCCUCGGUUGGUAUCGUUUAGAGCCCUUUGAAGCGGCACUGAAACUAUAAACUGUAAAGGGCCACUAAAAUCCUAAAAUGUUUUCCUCAAAAAACUUAAUUUCUUCUCAACUGAACAAAGAAAGACAUAUUGGAUGACAUGGAGGUGAGUAGAUUAUAAGAAAAUUAUAAACCUAGAAUAUACCUUUAAGAUCACCAGUUAUGCAGAACGGUGAAUGAAACUUACAGCAGAAGAAAAUAUUUUAAGAAAAAAGUACACUGAAAUAAGAGUGUAUUAAACGAAACGAGGGUCCGUAAAUACAGUCUGUUCUUUUGUGGGUGAACUAAUCAUAUAAAAGAAGGCAUUGCAGAAACACAAAAGCCUCAUGUUGUGUUUGCAAAUGAUCAACUGCAUUGUAAGUAUAAAUACCAGCAAUUAUUUUCAUUGACAGGCUUUAUUUCAGAUUUUCCUUUAAGGAAAUUAAAAACCAGAAACGUCUGAUGAAUGUUAAAAAAAGAAAAAUUAUAUUUUUGCCUUUUCUCUCUGGGUUCAGAUGAUAAGUUUACUUAAUUGUUCAAUUUUGUGAAAUUGCACUGUAGUAAUUGCUUUGGGUUGUUGUUUGCAUUGAAUAUGAUUCGGAAAGACUUUCUUUCUUUGAGAAAACUCAUUUGUUCUCGGUUUGAGUCUUACGCACAGCAACUCCUGCAUGUCAUGUUGUCAAUGUCGAAACAAUUUCACAUAGCGUGAACGACGAAAAAAAUUCACGAGUUUUACCGUGGGACCAACUUUUACAGUUCCUUGAAGAUGCACAAAUAUCCACGUUGUAUGGAUGGACAAUUUUAUAAUCCUAUAAUCAACGUGGGAUGAAGACCUCAAAGUGACCAACUUUAUUAUGUUGCCUAAAUGCCUUAUAAACAAAUGGCACUUCUGUUAUUGUGUUUUUUGUUUGUCACAAGAAAGGAAUUUGCGUGAUUCCAAUAUGUUUAAUAAAUCAUACUGCUUUGUUUUCGACUA